AUGCUGCCCUCAGACACUGAGGUGCAUGCGCUGGUCUGCGUGUUCCUCCUCCUCUCCUUCCUGUCAGCAGCAGUGAACGGCUGCACACUGUUUGGACUGGGGCGCUCGGAGGACCUCUCCUGGGAGCCACGCUUUGCCCUCCUGAAGAGCCUAAUCCUCAGUGACCUGUUGCUCACCCUGACGCAGGCGCCCACUGUGCUGCACUGCCUGCUGCACAGGCGCACCCUGACUUUUGACAGCUGGUGUCUGGCUCAAUACUUCAUCGGCACCGUUUGCAUCUUUUGCGCUCUCCUCACCAUCACCUUCAUGGCCCUGGAGCGCUACCUGUACGUGUGUCAUGGCAUACAUUACCUCCGCAUCAUCACCGCCGUCCGACUACGUCUGAUCAUGGGGCUGACCUGGCUGCUGUCCACGGCCAUUGCCGUUGGGAACAUGAUUCUGUUGCACACGGGGCGGGGCACGUUCGGCAAGGCCACCGCGGGGCUGCUGUGCGAGCCGGACACCGUCGAGCGGUACAUGGGCUUCCCCAGGGCAGCCGCCGUUUUCCGCAAGCUCGCUGGCAUGCUCGUCACUCUGGCGUGCGUCCUCAGCUACUCCUUCUCCUAUGUGCGCAUGUACCAAGAGGCCCAGAAUGCUGUGGAGCCCUUCCACUGCGUCAACAGUCGGGCUCGGCACACGGUGCUGUUCUACUGCAGCAUGUUCAUCCUCCAGCUGUUUCCCUGCUGGCUCAAGAUCAUCUCCGACACACUGUGGGAGCUGGGGGACGCUGCGUCUGUGGCGACGACAGCACAGCUAGAAUCGGCAUCUCUGCUCAUUCCGUACCAGGCGCUGCCCUCGCACAUCGCCGGCGCCCUCCACAUCACGUUGCUAGCCCUGAUGCUGGUACCCCCGUGCAUAAACCCGCUCAUCUACGGCAUUCGAAACCGGGAGGUGCGACAGGCUCUGCCGCGUCUCUGCCAGCCACAGCGCCGAAGACAGACGAUAUCUCCGCGUGGAAAAAGGUCUUGGGCAACACAGGGCAACAGGGGCGAAUGA